AUGGAUAAAAAUAAUGAUGUAAGAAACAAUUUCGUCGACGAUGAGAAUAAUGUUUUGAGAAUAUGGGCUGAAUUCGCGAAUGUAACUUCCUCGCAUGGCAUUCAGCAUGUCGACCACGCUCAAAGUGACAAAUAUAUGAAAUACGAAGUGGAUGUGAACUUCCGAGUGGAGCACAGCAAGUCAGCAGAGUUCCCAGCAGUUACAAUAUGCAACACAAACGCCAUCAAAAAAUCAGCUCUUAACAAAUUAAAAAUUAACUGUACACCAACAAUACUGGAAAAACUUGACAAGUUGAAUGGCCUGAAGUUUGAGAGUAACUAUGAGAAACACCAAGAAAUGUACGAAUCACUGAAUGAAGACAUCAAACAUGACUUGGGUCAUAAAUUGAACGAUUUAUUUUGGGAAUGUGAAUUUGCUGGCGUUGAAUGCUCAGAAGAAGAUUUUGUUCACUUUUCCAACUACCUCUUCGGAAAUUGCUUCACUUUCAACUCAGCACGGAAUAAUGGAAGUUCCAUAACAUCUAGACUGUCUGGUCCUAAAUAUGGGUUGUCGAUAACGUUCAACGUAGAAGAAGAUGAGUACAUCGGAGAAACAUCAGAAUCAGCAGGGUUGCGAGUGGUCGUUCAUGAUCCAAGAAAAAUGCCCUUCCCUGAAGAUGAAGGCGUCCUCGUCGCCCCUCGGACACUCACACACAUUGGAGUCCGCAUGGUGAGAGAAAUGGUGAGAAUGAAUGGUAGCUACGGAAACUGCUAUGCAGAGGGCUUGCCUAAAUUGACCAAGUUUCAAACAGUUUUUAACAAAUCAUAUUGUCAGAAGAGUUGUUACUAUUCGUGUAUUGCGAAAAGUAUAUACCACAGCUGUUCUUGCAUUUACGUCGAGUUCUCCAUCUUCGCGAGUGUGCUGGGUAAAAAAAAGAUUUGCUCCUCUAGCAACCAGACCGAAAAUGAAUGCGUAUUCAACAUUUUGAAUUUGUAUGAGAAUGACAGAUUAGGCUGCACCAAAACAUGUCCUCCUCCUUGCAGGGAGCUCUCAUUUGUUACAUUGAUCAGUUCUUCAAAAUGGCCGUCCCGCAAUUAUAAGAAAAAGAUGAAUCCCUUCAUAAACAUGUUGACUAGAAAUGUGGAUUAUAUUUUCGAGAACUCGGGUUCUACAACUGAUGACAUAUCCAGUUUCAACCAUGAUGACACUGGCAAAGUUAUGAUCUACUAUGAAAAUUUGUUUCACCAACUACUCUCUGAUAUCGGUGGGGUCCUGGGUCUCUACGUCGGCUUCUCCGUGCUGACUGUUAUCGAGUUCAUUGAGCUGCUCAUCAACCUCGUCAGAGCUGGCGUAUGCAGAAGAUGCAGCGGAAAGAAUAAGGAGAAAAAAAUUGAAUGUUCUAUCUGA